CCUCUUCAAGAACUAAAAGGCCAUACUUUCAAUUCUCAUGGAUGCAUUAUCAAGAGAUCCAAUGAGAGCUGUGAAGCCUCCAAUGUCAUUUGGGAAGAGGAAAAGGAACAAGAUAGACAAAAAAGUGGCUUCUGUCUUUCUCCUUUUGCAUUUGUUAUGUAUUUUUGCACCAUUUCAAAUCAAUCGAGGAGCAUUUUUGAUUUGUUUGGUAUUGUUUACGAUCACGGGUCUCUUUGGCAUUACUAUUUCGUAUCAUCGAAAUCUUUCACAUAAGAGUUUUAAAAUCCCCAAAUGGCUUGAAUACUUACUCGCUUAUUGCGGAGUUCAUGCACUACAGGGUAAUCCAAUUAAUUGGGUGAGCACGCAUAGAUACCAUCAUCAAUUUGUUGAUACCGAAAAAGAUCCACAUACUCCUAUUCAUGGAUUUUGGUUUGGUUAUAUAAUUUGGAUUCUGGAGGAGAAAGAUGGAAGCAUUGCUGGAAUGAAUAGGAAGCAUCGGAAAUUGGAUAAUGCUAGUGAUUUAGAGAAGCAAAUUUUCUAUAGGUUUAUUCGCAAAACAUAUCUUCUUCAUCCAAUUGCUCUUGCGAUCAUUCUUUAUGUCAUUGGAGGAUUCCCUUUUUUCAUUUGGGGAACGUGUGUGAGAACGGUAAUGCUUUUACAUUCAACAUUCAUGGUGAAUUCAUUUUGUCAUAUGUGGGGAAACCAACCAUGGAAAACAAACGAUUUCUCUACAAACAAUUGGUGGGUGAGUCUAGUUACAUUUGGAGAAGGUUGGCACAAUAACCAUCAUGCUUUUGAGUAUUCAGCUAGGUUGGGCAUCGAGUGGUGGCAAUUUGACAUUGGUUGGUAUGUUAUUAUGUUUCUUCAAGCCAUUGGAUUGGCCACUAAUGUCAAAUUACCAUCUCAAAGCCAUAUGCAUAAGUUGGCCCAAACAUAAGACUUUUGAUUGAUACUUCAAAUGGAUAUAGUUCUGUUUGUAUGAUCAAUGUUUCCGAAUCUGGAAUAAAAGAAAUGAUAAUUUAAAUUAGUUGAAAAAAACAUCUCUACUGCAAAAUAUUAUAAUAAAAAAAAAUUAUGCAUCGAUUUAAAGCAUGGUUGUGGACCCUUUUAAUUUAACUUUUGGGUGUAAUAUUACAUUAUUCUUUUCCUCUCGAAAUAUUUGUUGGUUAAGAUAUAUACUAAACUAAUUAAGACAUACAUUAUCGAUUUA